AUGUCCCUAACCGGAAGUGCUACGCCGCCUGUUCUCCGUCUCUUGACAGCUUUUCGAACCCUGCAGAUGACAGCUGAGACCAGGAGCGCAACAGCGAGUCGCGACGUCCUCCAGAAGUCCAGGCGCACCGGGGCCCCGCAGACCGGAUCCGCUUUCGGUUCCCCGGCGCACCUCAACAUGGCCGCGCCCACCUGCACCAGGUUCACCGACGAGUACCAGCUCUACGAGGAGCUGGGCAAGGGGGCUUUCUCCGUGGUCAGGAGGUGCAUGAAGAUCUCCUCGGGACAGGAGUAUGCGGCCAAAAUCAUCAACACCAAGAAGCUGUCCGCCAGAGGUAAAAGCGAAACGGCUCGUUUUCUCAGAGCGGUUCUGUUUUUUCAGCCUCGUCACCCCUCAAACCGACUUCCUCUUUCCUUCUGA